ACCAAGUGAGCAGUCAAUGAUGGCAGUCGAAAAGAGGGAGGAUUGGGAGUUCGAUAAGUUUGACGAUGGAUCAUUGCAGAUCGUUGGCGAGGUCCAGGUGCGGAAGUACGAGCGAUUUCUCGAGGACUACUGCAGUCAGCUGAGGGGUAUAGAGAAGGCACUGGAUGAGGCGAUCGCCGACGCGUGGGACUUCUCCCUAGAUCCCAUCUCACUGCAGGUAGAGCAGGGGGGCGUGGCGCGAGCAAUGGACGUGGGAGGCGUCCACCUGCAGAUCGUGUUCGAACAUCUCGGCGAACUGCUGACCGUUCUCCUCACGCUCGACGAGAUCAUCGACAACCAGGGGGCGCUGCGAGAACACUGGACGCUCUACAAGAGGAUGUUGAAGUCGGUUCGCGCGAACCCCGCGACCUUCAACAUAGAGGUCGCGAAGCUGCGACUGUUCGAAAAGCUGCUGAUGAAACUGGAGGGACAGCUGAUGGACCGGAUGAUCCUACGCAACUGCAUAGAGCAGAUGUUCGACAGCAGCAGCGCGUUCGUGACGAAGAACUCCUCGUUUGCCGAGGAGUUCAUCCUGAACAUCCGUGCGAUCUACACUAUGAUCGAGAAUAAGAUCGGCGAGCCGAACGAGGUCGAUCAGCGCUACAAGUACGUCGGAGUGUGCGCCCUCUACGUUGCUAGCACUUCAGAUUUAUGGAUCGAUAGCGAUCUGACAAAAAACUCUUCAAGCUUCUCUGGGACGUCCAUAAAAAGAUUCCUGCGGUGUCGACCUUGUUGGCAAGCGUCGUCGUGUUCCGACGAGCUUCCUGCUAGCAGCAGGCGCUUUUUUCCCCACAUGACGAAGGCACUCGGACGGCGGGGGCCCAGGGAAAAAAAAAAAGCAGGUUUUUUCGGGGCAGCAGCAGCUCAACUACCUGUCGCCAGCAGAGCCAGCAGCCUGUCCAGGGAGGUUCACCACUGGUACCUUCACAUCUCGUCGUGGAUGAUCAAGAUGGAGGCGACCUUCAAGAUGAACACCGACGACCUGAACAAACAGUGCGUGCUCUUCAUACAGGGUCUGUUGUUUGCUUACAACGUGAGUCACCAGGUUCGUACGAUUAUGAACCUCCAUGUCGCGCUGUCGAAACCAAUGACCAGGACCUCCGUGCUGGCCCUCUGCAGGCUCGUGGAACUGCUGAAGGCUCGUGGAACUGCUGAAGGUACGCUGGCUGAGGCAACAGAUUGCAGUUUCCUUUACUGGCAUAGAGUUGUCUUUCCCAUCUACUUACAGGACGUGUUCGAAGGUGCCAGCGACUCCCGCCGCAUCCACUACAUGUUCGGGGCCCUGCGGGACUGUGUUGCGCCGUUGAAGCAGACCUGCCACCUGGAGUCUCCCCACCUACUCACCGAGGCGUUCGAGAAGGAAAUGAUGGCAAACGUGAAAGAGCACCUGCUGGCCCCUAUGUGCAGGGAGGUGGAGACGGACCUGCGGCUGCACAUACACUCGCACCUGCAGCUGGACGAUCGUAACCCGUACAAGAAGGGCCUGCGCGAUCCGUCACGGCUGCUGCGCGUGAAGCCGACGCGAUUCUUCCACAGUUUCAUCAACAUCAAAGUUCACGUGGAAGGUUACCUCGACCGGACGUUCUACAAUCUGACGACGGUCGCGCUGCAUGACUGGAAGACGUACGGAGAGAUGCGAACCCUGGCGAGUCAGAAGUACGGCCUGCAGCUAGCCGAGCCACACCUGCCCAGCCAGACGCUGGAACAGAUCAUGAACACGACGGUGAACUUCACCUACCAGUUCCUGCGCAAGAAGUUCUACAUCUUCUCUCAGUUCAUGUACGACGAACACAUCAAGUCGCGUCUCAUCAAGGAUCUUCGGAUGUUCCGGGAGAUCCGGAGCCAGAACAACCAGAUGUACCCGUACGAGAGAGCCGACAAGUUCAACAAGGGCAUCCGGAAGCUGGGACUGACGCCUGAUGGCCAGAGCUACCUGGACCAGUUCAGAGAGCUGAUCAGUCAAAUCGGCAACGCGAUGGGUUACAUCCGCAUGGUGCGCUCGGGAGGCCUGCACUGCUGCAGCAACAACAUCAGCUUCGUUCCCGACCUGGACGAUAUCGUCUGCUACGAGGAACUCUGCCAGGAGGAGGAGCUGUCGGAGGAGUGUGUGCGCGCGGCUAGAAACUUGGAUCAAGUCAUCAGCAAUAUGGCGAAAAACUUUGCUGAAGGCACCGAGUAUUUCCAGAUGCUGGUGGACGUGUUCUCGGGUGAGUUCCGGAGCAACAAGAACAUGCACCUGAGGAACUUCUUUGCGAUCCUUCCUCCGCUGACGCUGAACUACGUGGAACACAUGAUCAGCUGCAAGGAGAAGAUGACGAAGAAGAACAAGGUUGGAGCGGCGUUCACCGACGACGGGUUCGCCAUGGGCGUCGCCUACAUCCUCAAGCUGCUCGACCAAUCGCGGAAGUUCGACUCGUUGCACUGGUUCCAGUCGGUGAAGCAGAAUAAAGGCAAGCGGGACGGUGGCGCCACCAACGCCGACAGCGGCCAGCCGGGCGGCACGUCCUCACGAGAGGUGACGACCACGGAGAGAGGGCUGCGUAGCAGCUUCCCUGCGGAGCGCGAGGAUGAUGGCGAGGCAGUGAUGGUGAUGAACUGGCAUCGUGGCGACUCAACCGCCUCUCCUAGCGCGUGA